AUGUCAAGUCCGUCACUUCAGAGUACUAAUGCGUGUAUACAAUGUCGAAGAGUCAAGAUGAAGUGCCGUCCUAUGGGACAGGACACGUCUAAAUGUGAACGUUGCACCCGAAAAGCCCUUGAGUGUAUUUUCAGGGAGCAUCGUCGGGGUCGUAAGCCAGGUACAAAAAUCUCAAAAGUGAAGAAAGUCCCUGCCAUCUCACCACAGUCGAUUCCAAGCCUCGAGAGUCCAGCGGCAGCAGAGGCCCAUAUCUCAGAAACUGAAGACGAUGCAAAUAAUCUACAGCCAUCGGGGUUGCUCAAUCACCAGGCUUUAGAGGGGAGGUUCUCUCUCGGCAACAUUCUUAACGCGGACCAAGAACCUGUUCAGCGACAGCGAAGCCGCGAUGAGUCACUUGAGGAUCUCAUUGAACUUGGACUCAUCACUCCAUCACUGGCGAAGUCUCUGUUUGAUAGCUUCAUGACGGUUCUAAAUCCCUACAUCAGCCAGCUCGAUCCCCAUCUCCAUACAUUUCCUUACGUCCGCGCAAAGUCUGCGUUUCUCCUAAGCUCCAUCCUAGCCAUGGCCGCAAAAGCCUUCAAUCAUGUUCUCUACAUUAAACUUUACGAUCACGCCCAGGACCUCUUUUCUAGUGUUUUUCGAAGAGGCAGUAAAUCGGUCGAAAUCGUGCAGGCAAUCCUCAUCCUUACGUAUUGGAAAGAGCCGCAAGACACAAGAGUGUGGACCUCUGUUGGGUAUGCAAUCCGCAUAUGUAUGGACUUGGGAUGGCAUAAGCUGGCGUAUUGUCGUUCUGCAGCCGCCGCGAAAGAGUCUGAAGCUCAAAGGCGAGAACGACGGAAUAUUGAGAGAACGUGGUACGUUCUCUUCGUUUACGAUCGGAGUAUCAGUCUACAGACUGGACGACCAUGGAUGAUAGAAUGCAGCGAGUUUAUCGAAUCGAUAGAGGACUGGUGCAACGACGCUUUGACAAUUGAAAACGAUCAACUUCUAGGGGCAUUUACUACCUUGAGACUUAUCACGUCUUCCGCAUUUCCACUACUUGCCAUCAAGUCACGGCAGCGAUCCUUGUCGCAUAGUGAGAGUGCGCCUCUUGUCAGCCUACUGGAUGGACGUAUAGAGAGAUGGGAGAAGAAGUGGACUGAAAAGAUCACAGCACAGACUGAGAAAUCCUGCCAUGAGUUCCUCAUACGCUUCUACGGCACACACCUUCGCCUUCAGCUGCAUACUCUACCACUUCAUGGCAUCCUCGUGUCCGACAAAUCGGAUAUCAACCAUCAUAUUGACACAGUCUGGGUGGCAUAUAGCAGCGCUCUCAACAUGCUGCAGCUGAUAUCGCGCUUCUCAGAGCACGUCUGCUUCGCUCAAGACUCCAUCCAUGUCAUGACAGCUUAUAGCGCUGCAUUUCUCGUCAAGAUCACUCUUGUGUUUUCCGACUUUAUAUCUGGCCAGCUCGAAUCAAGCUGUAUAAAUGCUAUUCAGCAAGCUGCACAGGUCUUCUCCAAUCAAUCUGGAUGUAUAAGCUCUAGUUGUACUCUGCAAGCAUCGUUCCUAGAAAGAGUCGCGAUGAAGCUUAUAGGGAACCAAACGAACAAGGCAUCCAAGGAAGGCGGUCCUACUGGACUUGUAGGGCCGGCACCGUACACGAUAGACCAGUCUGACAUAAACGGAGGGCCCUGUGCAGAAUCAGAAAUUAGCUCAUCCUCACGACGUCCUCCCGACCUAGCAACUCUCGAUAUAUCCUUUUUAGCCCAGGAAAACCUGGACUUCCCAUUCGAGUGUGAUGAUAUGUGGGCAGAAAUGUUUGGAAUGAACCCUCAGGAUGUUGCAUUCUUUCCACAAACAGAUUAA